AUGGAUCACUUCAACGCAACAGUCACCAGAGACGGCCAGCUCGUCAAGACCCGCCGUGGCCUGCAAGUGUCCAGGCAGCGAUUCAACGGCCUUUCUUUUGUUAACACAUAUCCCCAGAAAUCAACCCCUUCUGCCCCAACCAGGAGUCAACAACGUCGUCCAGGAGUCACGGCAAGCUCAUCGCUUAGAGCCCCUCCGCAGCCAUCCCAGCCCCUGACGUUCAUCUCGGAGACCGGAGAUACGGCACGUGAAAGCACCCGGAAACAGGACAAUGAAGCUCACAGCACGGGUCAGAGGGCCAAACGACCGCCAAAGCGCAAGCAAAAGGACCGCUCAGAGACUCCUCCCCAGCCCGAGCCACCUCCUAUCCGAGCUCCUGGUCCUCCGGCAGAUGCCAUAACUUCACAACUUGGCUACCAUGCCUCCCCGGAACUUUCUGGUUUGUUCAACUUAGACCCGUACCAGCUUUCGACCCCUUCCACAGAUCUAUCAUCAUCUCUCAAUCUGAUGACGACGGCUUCUCCCAUCCUAACGCACAACCUCAAUCACACCGCCCGCAUAGUGUAUCCCUUCGAAGGCCUCGUGACCUAUAACCCCGCCCGCGAUACAUCUUUCCUCUCAGUUGUACACUCCGACCCAGCCGUCUUGCAGUCGAUUUUUCUCUACGGGAGCAUUGCCGACGCAGUACUUCGCUGCCAUAAGUGUCCAUCCACGACAAAUGAUGAUGACGGCCAUUGGGAGAGGGAGAGUGAGAUUGACACGAGGGAAGUCACAUGUCACGUCUCGAGGGCGUACUUUGUGUUAAACCAACGCUUGGAGUGUCGUGCUAAGGGUGAAGGGGAGGGCGAUGUGGAGGGCGAUGUGGAGGGCGAUGUGGGGGUGAUGUUUUGCAUUGCUGUGUUGGCUUGGUCGGGAGCAUAUCUCGGUCGGCUGGAGGACUGGAAGGUUCAUAUGACGGGGUUAAAGAAGGUCCUCGACGUGGGAGGGGCCGACCUAAAAGGGGCUACCGCCCUCGGAAUAUCCCCUUACUUACCCUUCAUCCGCUUUCAUCCUCUAGCUUCCGAUUCGCUGCCAGUGGAGCUCCGUUCUCGCACAAUAGAAAUCGUCACUUCGAUUCUUCAACCCCUAGGAAUCCAUCCAGAUGUGGUAUCUUCCAUGUCCGAGCUCGCCGUUUUCGCAUUAGCAGUGCGGCAAGCCAGGCAGCGGCAACAGCUCGUGGAAAACAGAGUCGUGUUCGACCCGUACGAGUUCGCAGAGGAAUGGCUGGGGAUUUUUCAUGAGCUGCUCACUCGGCCGAACCCGCUCCAGAGUCGUGAUGAUAAGGAGGAACGUUCUGACUCUGCUGUUUUGGAAGGGGAGAAAGUUAUCACAGGACACCUAGAGCGCGCCUUAAGGGUUGCAGGUUUACUGUUCUUGAGGGUGUUGUUAUCCGAUUGGCCGCGAAAUCUGGGGGGGAGAAGGGGCAUUGCUCGGAAUGCUGCAGGAGGGACUGCAGAAGGUUGUUGGCUGGGUAAUAAUUGA